AUGGGUUGUGCCUCCAAUGCCUCCCAUACUCCUAUGUUCCUGCUGGUGGGGCUGUGGAGGGGUGGCCCCCCCAACCGUCUUCUUUUCCCACUGUUCUUAAUUGCCUAUGUGGCUGCCAUGGUGGGUAAUUUGAUGCUGGUCCUGCUCAUCUCUAGGGACUCACAACUUGGUACACCCAUGUACUACUUGCUUCGUGGUCUCUCUGUAGUGGAUGCAGGACAGGCCACAGUUACUUUGCCUCAGCUGUUGGUCCAUCUUGUCUCUCUCCGACCAGCCAUGCCUGCAGCCCGCUGCUUGGCCCAAUUUUUCUUCUUUUAUCUGUUUGCUGUCACAGAUACACUGGUGGUGGCUGUUAUGGCAUUGGACCGUUAUGUAGCCAUCUGUGACCCACUACACUACUCAGCUUUGAUGAAUCGCCAUGUUUGUGACUGUUUGAUGGCUUCCUGCUUGGUUUUGUCCCUGCUCCACUCCGUUUUGCAUUUAGGGCUCUUACUGCCUCUUCAGUGGAAUGGGGAUAGUGGAGAUGCUGUCUACAUCCCUCACUUUUUCUGUGACCACUGGCCUCUGGUUCGAGCAGCCUGCUCUAAUAUCCAAUUAAAUGUGCUGGCCAUCUUCUUGGAGGGUAGCUUAUUUGUGGCAGGUCCCUGUGCUCUCAUCCUAUUCUCUUAUGCCCACAUUGCAGCUGCCAUUCUCCGCUUGCCCUCAGCAGCUGGCCGCUGGAAGGCUGUGUCUACUUGCAGCUCUCACCUCACUAUGGUUAGCUUUCUCUAUGGCACUGUCAUUUUGGUCUACUUCCAGCCACCUUCCCACAACUCUCCAGAGCAGGACAUGGCAGCUGCAGUAAUGUACACAGCUAUAACCCCUGUGGCCAACCCAUUUGUCUAUAGCUUCAGAAAUAAGAAUGUCAAGAAUGCUCUCCACAGACUUCUGAGUCCCAAUAGAGUGGCCUCCCAGUUAGAAUGGUCCUGA